UCAGACGUCAGAUGCGGUUAGGAAGAAACGAAUCGUUUCGCCAAUUCCGAUGUAAUUGAAUGGUUUUUUCAAUCGCAUUUUCAAAGUGACAUAGCUGCAUUAAUAGUGGUUGUUACGAGCGGUGCCAGUUUAACUAUGUCGACAAUUUUGCUAGCUGCUGUUGCCGUUAUUAUUUGCAUUCUCUUCCGGAUUUUAAACGUGAAUAGCGAACCUAAGAAGCCCUCGGUUUUGUGCUCGGAUACUAAGUUUCUAAGCAAUAUCCUCAAAAUUGCACCGGUCCUUCAUGAACAGUAUGUCCCAACAAGGCUGUGGGGUUUCAGCGGUCACGUUCAAACAAUACUACACAGUAUUAUCGGCAGAGUAAAAUGCCCUUGGCCCACCGGCGAAAGAGUUUUUAUCACAGUAAACGAUGGCACAACCGUCACUUUUGACAUUUAUCAACCAAUUGAUACCAGUUUUCAAGAUGAUGUUAGUAUAGCAAUAUGCCCAGGUAUUUGCAAUACAUCGGAAAGUAUUUACGUACGCACAUUUGUCCAUUGGGCACAAUAUCAUGGUUACAGGUGUGUCGUAUUAAAUCACGUUGGAGUUUUGAAGAAUGUUCCAGUAACUGGUCCAAGAAUUUUUAACUAUGGUAACUGCGAUGAUUUUCAAGCGAUGAUAAGAAAUUUAGUCGUCCGUUAUCCCGAGACCAAAGUGAUUUGCGUCGGUUUCAGUUUAGGCGGAAACUUAAUCACCAAAUAUUUGGGAGAGAACAAGCCGAAACCUCCGAACGUGAUUGGCGGCAUUUCCAUAUGUCAAGGAUAUUGUGCUUUAGAAGGAACGAAGCACAUGCUCAGCUGGCAGAACUUCAGGCGUUUCUACCUCUACGUGAUGACGGAAAACCUGAAAAACACCAUACUGAGACACAGCAAAAUGCUGCUCUCCGAAGAACUGAAGAGGCGCCACAAUUUGAACGAGCACGAAAUCAUUUCGGCGGCGACGCUGCCCGAAUUGGACGAAGCUUACGGUAGAAAGGUGAACGAAUUCAAUUCCAUCACGGAGUAUUACAAAUGGAGCUCCAGCAAGCACUAUUUGAACGACAUUCAGGUGCCGAUGAUUUUCAUCAAUUCCAUGGACGAUCCGAUCGUGCCGGAGCCUUUGCUAGAACCUGUAAAGAAAGUUGCAUCGGAAAAAACCAACACUGCGUACAUAGAGGUAUCACACGGCGGUCAUUUGGGUUUCUACGAAGGCGGUCUGAUCUAUCCCAAUCCGGUGACGUGGCUCGAUAGAACGCUGGUGGCUCUGGUCGGUUGCCUGACGCUCACUUCCGACGAGAUGGGUCUGAAAACUCGCCAAACUUUAGAAAUAUGAGCCCGACCAUUUCGUGGCUUUUGCUGUGCGCUACUCGUUCGCUCGUUGAUAUCCUAUUAGGCGGGGCGAACGUUGGAAGCUAUAAAAUAUAAAUUAUGUGUCGUUAUUAAGAGCAUUCUGGUGGUUCGAUGUUGGUUGGUUCGAAAAACGCGAUCUGUUGAAAUGCCCUUUUGCGAGGGAUUUUAAUGAUUUUUUUCCUUAAUCUUUUUCACCACGUUUUCAUUGAAUUUUCAAAAUUUAUCUGUUAAAGAGGGAACUCUUACCGACUGCAAGCAGUAUUAGAAAUUUCAAGUAAAUUGGUUAAAAUUUAUACGGGUUUUAUUUAGAAUAAUUUGUAUGUCUUACAUCCGUCCGAUAAUAGUAUUUCUUAUGAUAACGCAUGUUUUUCCAUAUUUUACUUUUUAUCCAUCGGUUAAAUUUUACAAUAGACACACGAUCAUUCCUACCACAAAAAAAUCAUCUUCCAGAGCCUUUUGAUACCCUGUACCGUCUUCCAUAAAUAUUUAAAUUAAUCCAAGUAAUCAAAUAAUCUGAUUAAAAUUACAGCUCUCUUCUUUGAUACAUUUGCUUACACAAGUGCAUAAUAGUUUGCAAUAUGGUCAAUUCUUUGAGUUGAACAAAGAAUGAUUAUUAAAAUAACAGUCAGAGUGAGAAAGUGGCAAUGACACAAAAUCGCCCUUUCUUUUUCCUUUAUAUAAGUGUCUUUAUUGCACCUAUAGCCUAAAUUGCAAACUAAGAUGCAUCACCUUAUAUAUUCUUAUUAGAUUUAGUAAUUAUUGCAAAAUUAAGGCUUUGUAACCAAUGAGCAUUUUGACUGAUCGCGAUUUUUUUCAAACAUUGAAUUACCAAUUAGAUAAAUAUGUAGAAGAUGUAAUGUGUGUGAAAUAAUCAAAAUUGUCGUUAUAUGAUUUUGAGAUGCUUCUGUGUAAUAUUUUAUUUUGUUAACCGCAUAUUCGGUUGGGUCCUUAUUAUAUGUGUAUUUUUGUGAAUUGUGUAGUGGAUGCAGAAAUGAGUAAAUUAUUGUAAAUUUGUAUAUAAAUGACUGUUUUGGAUCCGAAUUUUUGUAAUGCAUUAUUUGUAUGCUGUUUUACAUGACCAGUUUAAGCUUAAUUUAAUACACACUGCCAUAUUUUCGGAUUUCAUUAUCGAAAUAGAAUAUAGUCAGGCAACGCCAAUUUGCUCCGAGAAAAAAACAUUAUGUCCUUUUCCAAUAGCGGUAGCUAGAUAAAGACCCAACUAGAAACUCACCUGUACUUAUUGUGAUACCUUUUAUUUCUAGAUUUAGAAUGGAGUUAUUUAUUAAACAUAAAUUUAAUGAAAGUUGAAAGUUACUUAUUUUUGUAAAUUUUGUACAUUUGACUUUUUGUCUCGUUUAGUGAUUAUUGCAUUUAAAAAUUUAUUAGAGUAUGUAACAUUGAAAAUUCUGAGAAAUUUUGAUAUAUUUUGAAAAUUGUUUAUGUGAAAUAAAUAUUUCAAGUUUA